AUGGCCCUCGGGCUGCUUGCGGACUUGACCUUAAGCCCUACUCUCUUCAACGCGAAGAACAUAAUCUCAGUUUGUUCAACACCGCUAGAGGUCCUCGUCAGCAUCCUGUACUGGGGGAUAACUCUCAUCGACAAGCGUCUGCUGGUUCCCGAAGAGUACCAGCUUCCUUUCUGGCCAGAUUUUGGCUUCCACGCAAUGCCUGCGAUAAUGUUGACCUUGGAUCUAUUGCUCCUCAGCCCGCCAUGGACCAUCAAGUUCCAGGGGGCAAUAACUCUCAGCACGUUCUUGGCCUUCGCUUAUUGGGCAUGGAUCGAAUACACCUUCUCGCACAACCAGACCUACCCGUACCCCAUCUUCACUCUUCUCAGCACGCCUCAAAGAGUUGCGCUCUUCACAUUUUCUGGGCUCACGUGUGCCAUCAGUACCAUGGGACUCAAGUGGCUGUAUGGAAAAAUCAACGGCAUUGAGGAAUUCAAGAAGGAGGCUGCAAACCCGGUCAAGCUGGACUGA